AUGCAUUCGUCGCUGAAAUUGCUGUUGUCAGCAGCGUCUCUGCUCCCAUUGGCGCAGGCAUUCCAGUACACGCCCUUGCAACUGGCAUAUCCCGAGCUGCGCGCAAAGCAACAAUUGACCCCGGAAUCAGCGGUGAAACAGCAAUCAACAACAGCUGAAUACCCUGAGUACUAUCUCUCGGUGCCUGUGGACCAUUUCCACAAUGACUCGCGCUAUGCACCGCACAGCGACGACCAUUUCGACCUGCGAUACUGGUUCGACGCCCAAUACUACAAGGAAGGGGGCCCGGUGUUUGUGAUCGCCGCCGGAGAAACCGACGCGACCGACCGGUUCCCUUUCUUAUCGCAGGGCAUUGUCACCGAACUGGCUUCUGCAUAUAACGGCAUUGGAGUGAUUCUGGAGCAUCGCUAUUACGGCAAAAGUUACCCGGUAGCCAAUCUGACGACGGAGAAUAUUCGAUUUCUGUCAACGGACCAGGCAUUGGCCGAUUAUGCCUACUUUGCUUCCAACGUCGUUUUUCCCGGGCUAGAGCAUGUAAAUCUCACAUCUAAAACGACUCCCUGGAUCGCCUAUGGUGGAUCGUAUGCCGGCGCCUUUGUCGCCUUCCUGCGCAAGCUCUACCCCGACGUCUACUGGGGUGCUGUCUCUUCUUCGGGUGUCACCGAAGCGAUCAUCGAUUUUUGGCAAUACUACGAGCCGAUUCGCAAAUUUGGCCCGUCCGAUUGCAUCUGGUCGACCCAAACAUUCAUCGACGUCGUAGACCGCAUCUUAAUCGACCAUGCCGACAACAAAACGCUGGGCCAGCAACUGAAAACUUCACUGGGGGUCAGUCCGGACAAGGAUGACGUCUCGUUCGUUUCACUUCUUUCUUCCGGCCUUGAUAGUUUCCAAUCACGCAAUUGGGAUUCCAAUAUCGGUAGCUACUCCUUCCGAAGCUAUUGCGACAACAUCACCAGCUCAGACUUGUUGUAUCCCGACACCGAGGCCGUAAAGCCCACCAUCCAGGAACUUAUCGAGGUGGCCGGAUAUGACGCAACUAACUCCAGCUUCGUGAACGGGUUCUUGAAUCACGUCGGCCUUUUCAAGAAAUCCAUCUCCAGUGAUGAGGAUUCGGCUGAGACCGAACAGUCCGAUUCAUCCGAUCCCAAGUCGCUCCCCAAAGACGACGGUACCAGUUGGGAAUACCAGGUUUGCACUGAAUGGGGUUAUUUCAUGUCCGGUGCGUCCGUGCCGAAGGAUAUCAUGCCUCUGAUCUCGCGCGUUUUAGACGUUGCAAGCGUAUCAACCUUCUGCGAGACGACAUACGGAAUCACCUCUCCACCCAACGUGACAAACAUCAACAAACACGGCGGAUUCAACUUCUCUUACCCGCGAGUAGCUAUCAUCGAUGGUCUGGCGGACCCAUGGCGUGAUGCGACACCGCACGCUGAUGGCACGAAGGAGAGGGAAUCCACCGACGACGAGCCAUUCAUUCUGAUCGAUGUUCCGGCUGAGGAUGUAUGGGACGGUAUCCGGGGUGCAGUACACCACUGGGAUCAGAAUGGCCUUUCCAAGACAGAUGAAGGCAAGGGUCAAGAGCCUCCGGCGGCUAUUGUGGAAGUGCAGAAAGAGGUCCUACGGUUCAUCGGCGUGUGGCUCGACCAGUGGAAGAAGCGUUCUAGAGAUUCCUCUCGGCCACUUGGGGGAAUUAGGGGUCCUGGGCGUAGCCAGGUGCCACUCUAA